UCAAGUCCAUAGCAUCAAGUGCAACAGAGAAACAAUUUACGGAAAACACGAUAAAUCCGACCUUGGCGAUCGCCAUUUUGAAUUUCCCAGAAGUCAAUUCAGAAGGGGUUAUGACGUCACUGCGGGGUCUGCACGAAUUCCAGUCAAUUUAGUCACAUGUUGAGUGUUGAUCAAAGUUGACUUUCUCUUGUGUUUUUGCUUAUUAUUUGAGCCAAAAUUUCUCAAUAUUGACUAUGAGUAGUAGUUCAAGAAGCAACUCCAGUUCGGGAAGCGAUUUUAGCGAUUUUCUUGAGGAAAUUCGACAUGAGGGAGGUAUUAUUCAAGGCUACUUGUUCGAGCCGAGACGCAUCGUGGACGAUUCUUCUUCAGAGUCAGGUCUGUCAUCAGAUUCAUCGAACUCUUCAGCUCACGACAAUCGUUUACAAAAUUCAGACUGGUGUGAAUGCGAGCAUUGCCAAGUGAUGGAUAGAGAGGUAGAGUGUCUUUGCUGCCACGAAAUCCCACAGAUCAUGGAGAAAAAUCGUCAAGUCGCUGAAGAGGAAAAUCUCACUGAGCCACUAAAAUGCAUAACGGAUAAUCCAGGAUUCAAAGCUGUGUGUCUCAACCGUUGGGUUUUGGAAACUGCUUGGUUUCAAUAUAGUCAACAAUAUGGUGCCGUUAACACCCCAGAGCACAAAAGAAAACGUCACAUAGCUUAUCGUCAAUUAGUGAGAUGGUGUUGGGGAGUUCUAGGAAAAGAAAUAAGAGUGGUUUUACCUUCAUGUGCUGUGAUGUGUAUUCGUGCCCACUUCCCUCCACCUGGUCUUGAAGAUGACUUUGAAUUCACUGGUUUCCAAUAUCCAGACGAGUAAAGUGCAUGCAGAUGGCAAUUUGCUGGUAGUGACUUCUGUUCUGUAAUGACAAGAUAAGAUAAGUAUAUGUUAUUCAUGACUUUGAAUGUCAGUGUAUCAGAUUCUUUGUACUUAUACUCACUUA